AUGAGUCUGUUCAUAUCUAUCUAUCUAUCUAUUUCAAAUAUUCAUAUCUAUCUAUCUAUCUAUCUAUCUAUCUAUCUAUCUAUCUAUCUAUCUAUCUUCAGUAUAAGUCUCUUGAUAGUCUAUUCAUAUCUAUCUAUCUAUCUAUCUAUCUAUCUAUCUAUCUAUCUAUCUAUCUAUCAUCAAUAUAAGUCUCUUGAUAAGUCUGUUCUUACCUAUCUAUCUAUCUAUCUAUCUAUCAUCAAUAUAAGUCUCUUGAUAAGUCUGUUCUUACCUAUCUAUCUAUCUAUCUAUUAUCAAUAUAAGUCUCUUGAUGAGUCUAUUCAUAUUUAUCUAUCUAUCAUCAAUACAAGUCUCUUGAUAAGUCUGUUCAUAUCUGCCUAUCUAUCUAUCAUCAAUAUAAGUCUCUUGAUGCGUCUAUGCAUAUCUAUCUAUCUAUCUAUCUAUCUAUCUAUCUAUCUAUCUAUCUAUCUAUCUAUCAAUAUGUCUCUUGAUAAGCCUGUUCAUAUCUAUAUAUCUAUCUAUCAUCAGUAUAACUCUCUGAUAAGCCUGUUCAUAUCUACCUAUCUAUCUAUCUAUCAUCAAUGUAAGUCUCUUGAUGAGUCUAUUCAUAUCUAUCUAUCUAUCAUCAAUAUAAGUCUCUUGAUAAGUAUGUUCAUAUCUAUCUAG